AUGUGCGUCGAAGUCGCCACUGAAAGAGACGUCUUCUUAAACCACCCGACUCGCCUGCGGGCAAAGAUGGCCCUGCGUUUGCGGCUGCUGCAGCUGCAGCAGCAGCAGCCACUGCUGCUGCUCCCACAUCACUUCGCUGCUUCGGCCAGAAGCAGCAGCAGCAGCAGCAACCUGGCAGCAGAACUACGCGCGCAAGCAGCAGCAGCAGCAAUUGCUUCUGUUGGCGUUGAUUUAGCUUUUUUGCUGCGCCGCAGCUCCUGGCGGCCGCUGCUGCAGCAGCAAUACCCGAGCAUCUACUCUGCAGCACUGCAGCAGCAGCAGCAGCAGCAGCAGCAGCAGCAGCAGCAGCAGCUAGUCUAG